AUGGAUGAUGUGCUUAUUGUCAAAGAUGGUCAGAAAUGUGAUAAAUGUGGUAAAGAUCUCGUUAGUGGAAUUGGAUGUAAAAAUUGUUCAACUAUUAAAGAAAUAUUUGAAACUUGUAAAUUAAUCAAAGCCAAAUUAGAAAGUGAUGGAAAUCUAAUUCUCACUCAAGAAAUAGAUGGAAAAAUAGAAGAGUUAAAAAUCAAAUCUUCUGAUAUGGAAAAUCAAAAUUAUGGUUCGAAUUUUAAACCAAUUAAAGAUUAUUUACAGCGAACUAACAAAACAACUCUUGCUUAUGAAAAUGGAGAACUACAAAACAGCAUCAAAUCCAUCACUCUUCAAGGUGAUAAACUGAUAAUUGAAUACCAAGGUUCUAAAACGGAAACUAAACCAGUCAGCAGCAGUUCAGAAUUUCAACAAAUUAAAUCUUAUUUAUCCAAGGUAGGAAAAAAUAAUCUUUCUUUAUCUGAUUUAGAGCAAAGUAGUAAUCAACCUACUUCUCCUGAAAAAUCCAAUAAGGCUCUUUAUAUUGGAUUAGCAGUAGUCGGAAUAUUAGUGAGAAUUGAUGGAAAAAGAGCAAAAGAUCUUAUUAAAAAAGAAGCACAAUCAGAUGUUUGGUUCAUUGGAGACAUUAUUCUAGCCAAAAAAAAUAAUGAUGAGGAAGGAAAUAUUUAUGACAUAAUUGAUGGUCAGCAAAGGUUAAUCACCAUUUUUAUCCUUCUUUCAGUUAUUUACAAAAAAAUCUCUGGACUUGAUAAUGAGGAAAUUGAAAAUAAAAUAAAUGACUUUUUGUUUUGGAAAAAAAACCAAUUGCGGAUGAUAUUAAAUAACCAAGAUGACCAAGAGAAUUUCCAAAAAAAUAGAGAAAAUGGAUCAAGAGAAGCGAUUAAAGUUAUUAAUACCACUGGACUAGAAUUAGGCAUUUCAGAUUUAGUAAAAAGUUUAUUUAUUAGUCGUUCCGACUCCUUGUAUAAUCAAGAACGAGUUUUCAAAAGGUGGAAUAGCGAAGUAGUAAAAAGGGUUUCUUCUUGCUCUAGUAAAGAAGUAGAAAAUACGGAA